AUGUGGAGUUCCCACGACCAUGGGACAGACAUGCUAGACACCAAUGCACGUCCGCAACAAAUGGCCGAGGAGGAAGCGAACUCGGUCUUCAGCCACGACGAAGGCUCGAGUGGUGAUGACACGACCAACAAUGGCUCGGCCGGUGCCCCGAGGAAGCGUAAGAGGGAGAAGCACCAAAAGACAUCAUGCGAACUAUGCAAGGCGAGAAAGGUCAAGUGCGAUCGUGCAGAGCCCGCAUGUUCUUGGUGUGCCCGUCACAACCGAGCAUGCGUCUAUCUUGAGAGGCAGAAGCCGGGUAGUCGCAUCGGUUUCAGUCUCGAACUUGAGGCAAAGGUCAACAGGCUCGAUGCCCUCCUGCAGGCUCUUGGCCGUCGUGUAGAAGACCACAUUGCCCAUGACCACGUCGCCACAUCACAGGCUCAUUCGCCAACUAUUAGCAAUCAGGCGUCGUCUCAAGUCGAGGGCUUCCGUCCUGAUGGGAAUGCUAAUGGCGUCAGCCCGGCUCCCGGUCUUCCAAGAGCAGCGUCCACAACGAAUGGAAGAACGUCAGCCUUCUCGAGCCCUUUCUGGCAGGGUAGUGAUGGUCAAGAAGCGCUCCAGAAUGGCAGUCGAACUUCAGUGCAGGCUCUCUUGAACCUUUCCGCAAGCGAGUCUUUCAGUCAAGCAGGCGCACCGCCCAGCAUCAACGGGGCUCGAAAAGAUGCAUCUUCUCUCCCGACUGUCUCAGAGUUCCCGCCCCACGAUAUGCUUUACACUCUCGUCGACCUGUACUUCAAACACUGCAACACGUGGUGUCCAAUUUUGGACCGUAAGACGACAUUCGGUGCCUUUUUCGGAUCGACCUCACUCAACGAAGCCGAUCGUGUCUUGUUACAUGCAAUAGUAGCAACGACGCUCAGGUUCAUGAAAGACCCGCGGUUAUUGCCCGACAUGCGGUCACACUACCAUGCGGUGUCGAAACACAGGGUACAGAUAUACGCAAUGGAGAACGUAAGCGUUGCCGCGCUGAGGGCCCUGGUUAUACUUUGCCUGGACGAGUUGGGGACGUCGAAUGGUCCUCGCGGUUGGAAUAUGCUUGCGUUGCUCGCGCAGAACGUGAGACAGCUGGAACUCUGCGAAGAGAGCAGUGUGUAUCUCACGGCUGAGGCGGAGGAGACACCACACACAGGCUCGAUCCGCAGAGUGGCCAUGGGUCAACCAGAAUCAUGGAUCGAAGACGAGGGCCGUCGGCGGCUUUGCUGGAUGGUUUAUCUACUCGAUCGAUAUGCGACGAUAGCGACGACGACGUUCGACUUCAUGCUCGAUGACAAAAAGAUGAAGCGCGGCUUGCCCUGUUCAUACGACCUCUUCUCCAGAAACGUCCCCGUUGAAACGAAGUCAUGGGGUCCGUCAUCCGAUCAGACCGAGAGCCCUACUAUUAACAAACCCGAAAAUCUCGGCAGUUUUUCGUACCACUGCGAAAUCCUGCGUAUACUUAGCAAAGUCCACGACUUCCUCAAAACGCCCAUCGACGUGACUUCAUCGUCAGAAAUGGCCAUUUGGCGGAACACGUAUAGGUCGCUGGACGGUGCGCUCGACAACUGGUUGCAGAGCUUGCCCAGCGAAUAUAGCAGGAUAUCGGCUCUGUGCCACUCAGAUCCCGCGAGCCGUGUCGCCAACUGGUUUAUGCUGCAUAGCGCAUACGUCACGUCUGUCGUGCGUCUGCAUUCCUCGGCUGCGUACCCCACUGUGAGAUCUCACAUCUUCGUCCCAUCACAUUAUGCGAUGCAGAGAUGCUUGUCUGCUGUGCAAAGUCUUGGUGAUAUUGCGCAAGACGUUUUCGAGGCCAAUGGUCUAGAUCUCUUGGGACCACCAUUUGCCUUUUCGCUGUGGGUAGCGGCGAGGUUGCUGCUCAUCCACGCUGCGACAGUCGGGUGUCCCGUUGAUCCCAAGAUUGACUUUUUCAUCGAAACGCUUCGCCAUGUUGGACAGUACUGGGAGGUAGCGAAUAACUACGCCAAAAUUCUCGCUCGGGUGGUACAGCGAGGGCGUCAGGGCGACAUGAGCUUCACCGCCAUGAGAAAGAGUGCCCACGACCUGGUAACCUUGACAUCUUCCACCCGUCGCUCCGGCAUGGAGCCAACAUCGACUCAAGUAUCUUCGUUAAGCGAACUGGACAACAUUGACGUUUUCGACUUUUUCAACUAUCCCAAAAUGUCUGAGCCGAGCUCACGGGCGACAAACGGCCAGACAAAUUUACUACAGCCACAGGUGAUGAGCGGGUUGGGUGGCGAUUCAAUGAGGACCACCGGGGUGCCAGACCCAGAGUCGGAUUGGCUGGGCUUCAGCACUCCAUUCAACUGA